AUGCGGCCCAGAGGCAUCGUUUGUAACAUGUGUGGGGGGGAGUUCUUCGCUCGGUCACUCCCCAUACACCAGAAAACGUGUGCAGAGAAGCAGAAGAGCAUUCGCUUAACAUGUCAGCACUGCGGGCAGGAGGUGCUUAAGCUUGAGCUAGAUCAGCACCUUUCGCGGUGCCCAAAAGCCCCCAAGGCUGCGAUGCAGUCUCAGGCCCAGGGGUCCAGCAAGACCUCAAGUGGACCCAUCAGCACAGCUUUUGACGACCAAGGGAGGCUCCAGUGUGCGGUCUGCGGUCGCUGGUUUAACGCAGAUAGGAUCGCGACACAUCAAAACAUCUGCUCACGCAUCUCCAGCCACAAACGUCAAGCUUUUGACUCAUUUAAGCAGAGGAAGUUUGACCCUCUGAUACAGAAGGCUGAGCCACGACCGGACUCGCCCUCAUGGUGCAGUGUCUCAGCUGCACGUUCGUAUUACACCACCUCUGCCCCUUCAGCGCCUUGCGGCCGCACCUUUAAGGAAACAUCACAGAGAGCCACGGCAACAAGCACCAAGGGAGGGCACGCCGCUACUGGGCUUACAACAUCUCCGCAAGUUCGAGGGUCAGUAAGGCCAGCGGGGCAGCGGCCGGCUGCAGCCAUGCACGUCGAACAAGCAUCGAAGGUGCGUCGGGAACCCUGUCCUGCCAACCGUGGUGGACUCUCAGGGCUGCCUGCUGGAGGGACUGGGGGCUCCGGUGGUGCUACCACAGGGCCUGUGAACACUAGUGGUGUCAGCAGGAUAGGAGGGGCACGCCCGGGUGCCACUGCUCUGGCUACUGCUUCUGGAAGCAGCAGGGUAAAGGAACCUGUGGGAGUUCAAGGGAGGAAAAUCAGGGGCUCAGGGGAUGGUACCAAAGGGCAAGAUCCUCCAAGGCAGUCGCUAGGAAGGAGGGAACGGGAGGUAGCACCUUUGGGGCGACCGGGCCUUAUAGGGCCCUCCAGAGGCCUUGGCGGGCUCUCGACGUCCAAUGUUUGCAGUCCAGACAACGCGUUUGCGUACCCGAGCUACCCUUCAUGA